AUGAUUGCGACAGACUCAACAUCGGAUAUCACUGCCAACAGUGACGGGAAAAGUGAUGGCGAAAGUGACGACAAGCCCAAUUUCCCUGAAGUAAAACCCAGCAGAAUAAAAUUUGUCACCAAGAUACUUGUGGACAGCAAGUAUGGUUUAAUGGAUGAUCUAAAUUAUACCAGAGGAUUUCCAGAGCAUCAUGAUAGUACUAUUACAGAGGAGACGGCACCUGCUUUCAAAGGCAAAGAAUAUAAGAAGAAAACAGAGAAUCCUGUACCGGUCAUAGCAUUUUCAAGGAAUGCUAGAAUUAAAGCAGAUAGAGUGAGAAUUUAUCUCGAUUACUACUAUAGUUUACUGGAAAGGUAUAUAAAUAUCGAAAGUCCAGAGCAUCACCAUGAAGGCGUGGAAGGAGUUUAUAACCCACUACAGAUUAUACGAAAUAGAGCAUUGCGCAAAAAGUAUAGCGAGCAACCACCUCGUGAGCUUUUCAUCCAGAGAUCACCUGUAAUAGCCAUCAAACAUUUUUCUAGGAAGCCCAAGCAAAAGAAACCGUGGUACGUCACUAUAAGUGAAAGAUCAAGCGAUUUGACAUGGAGAACAUCUCAUUGGGAUGAAUUAGUUCGUCCAGAUGGUUAUAUAUGGUUUCCAAAGGGCAGUGGAUCAAACAGUACAUCGCAUAAAGAACCGGCUCGUCAUCGUAGGCCUCGAAUAGGGCGGAUGUAUUCUGCAGACUCAGAACUAUCUGCCAAUUCCCCGUAUUCUGCCCAGGGGCUAACUUCAAGUUCACCAGAGAUCGGCAAAUCUGUCAAGGGAAGUCCUUCUCAUAGUAGUAUUCCUAAACAUAUAGAACGUGCAAUGACUAGGCCCGAAAACGGGGAUCAUAAAAUUGUAUCAGAAGAGAUUGAGAAAUCACGGCCUAACAGAUUCGAGCAAAUAAUAGGAAAGAAAUCCAAAAGAUGGUCCAGAUCACCUCAUUUGCGCCAGAAAAGUCAAGGCUCCGUUGAUAAGUUAGUAUUGCCCCUUUCCACACCUGGGAUGUCAAAGUACUCUAGCAGGACACCUACUCAUAGCAGGCGAAGUAGCAGCAGCUUUAUACCCACGAGUCACAGUGCCUACAUGACUCCUACUGAAGAUUUUUCUACUCAAAGAUCCACUUUGUUAAGCGCUCUUCCAAUCGAGCACGUUAGGAAACGAUCGAUUGAUCAGACAGAAGAAGAACAAAUCGAAGAUGUGCAGGAUCUACUCGGAAAUGGAGAGUUUGCAGACUCAACAGACAUGCUCAAUGAAGGAUUUUCCAUGCCACAAACCGACGAACAAUUAGAAAAUUACUGGAGAAGUUCUAAAUACAUUUUAGCUACUUUGCAAACAAUGCAACACCGGCGCAUCACUCAUAAUAUAGUCAGGAAGAGAGGUAUCGCGAAACGCGAUAAAUUCCAAUGCGAUCAAAACCUUGACGAUAUUUUUUUCAAAACGUCUGAAGUUUUGUCGACUUAUGACAAAGAAUUGAAUAAAGCUUUGAAAAAAGGUAACAGUUUAGCAUCCAAAAUGCUUAAUGACUAUUCAAUGAGAGUGGAAACACUUAUAUCAACAUCAGACAGAAUCCUGAGUGAUAUAAACACAACUUUGACAUUAAAAUUGAAACUCUUUCAAGAGGAUGCUGACAAAUUUGGUACCCUCAAGGGAAUGCAAUCGCAAAGGUUCACCAGAGCACUGUAUCGCAUUUUGGAAUAUGCCAUAGUCUCAGUUUUAUGGAGUGUUUGGCUUGUCGUGAGCAUAAUCAAAUGGAUCAAAUACAGCAUUCUGCUUGCAUUCAAGAUUAUCCUGUGGAUGCUGUGGUAA